UUCAUUGCAAACGAGUUAAUCGCAUAAAUUGGGAGCUAAUCAAAAGCUAAGACGAAAAUGGAUCAGCUAAUACAACAGCUGCAACAGGCAGCUGCUGCUCGGGGACAAGUCCAACAUCCCCAUGGUUCAUCCGCUUUGCAACUUUACGCGGCAGCAGCGGCUGUCAACAUGCAAGUGAGCGGCUGGUCAUCCGUUCUCAACUUGUCCAUGGAUGCCCCAAAUCCGGAAAUUAGUCCCAAUUCCGUAACCAAUUCGUCCUCCGUGUAUAUGAUCCGCCAAAUGGCGCUGAUACAGCAAGCCAGAGUGGCCGCCGCAGCAGUGGCAAUGCAGCAGCAGCAGCAACAGCAAAGGGAUCUCAAUCGGGAGCUUGGCAUGGAUCCGCACAGUGAGCAGCGUAUUAAGUUGGACUCAGUGUCACCCACGCACAACAUCCACGCGGGCUCUAGUCGCGGGAUCAAACAAGAUCCGCUAAGCGAUGAAGGGGCCGAUUCCAAUCUGGGGCAGAAUGAUUGUACAGAGUCCUCGAAGAAGCGACGCGGCAGGACCAACUUCAACUCCUGGCAGCUGAGGGAGCUGGAGAGAGUCUUCCAGGGAAGUCACUAUCCUGACAUUUUCAUGCGUGAGGCCUUGGCCACCAAACUCGAUCUAAUGGAGGGUCGUAUAGCGGUUUGGUUCCAGAAUCGUCGUGCCAAAUGGCGUAAGCAGGAGCAUACCAAGAAGGGUCCUGGACGACCAGCUCAUAAUGCCCACCCCCAGAGCUGCAGUGGUGACCCCAUUCCAUUGAGCGAACUUCGGGCCAGAGAACUAGCCCAGCGCAGCAAGCGGAUGAAGAAAGCCAUCGAUCGGCAGGCGAAGAAGCUACAGGACAAGGGAUUGGAAGUGGACUAUGCCCGUCUGGAGGCCGAGUACCUAGCUGCCCACCAGGAGAACGGAGUGGAUGAGAAUAACUGGCUGGAUGAUGAUGGCUACGAUGAUCUGCACAUCGAUGUGGUGGGCGUUGAACCGGAGUACGUGACCGGCGACAGUUUGGAUCACUCGUUCUGCUCCUCCAGGACGUACCAGACGAAGAGCACCAGCAGCGAACUGGAUUCCAAUGAUAUGGGACUCCAGGGAAGAGUGGAAACUCCGCCACCACCACAGCCACCGAUGCAGAAUAAGACCCUCUACAAUUCGCCCUUCAGCAUCGAAUCCCUGUUGGGAUCGUAACGAAUAUCGAAUGUUGUACUAUAAUUCUACUAUGAUUUCGGGUGGUUAGCUAAGCAUUAAGUGCGAAUAUAAUCUGUUAACCC